CAGGCGGCGCGCGGGCUCUGUGCACAUGCGCAAGGGGGCGGGGCGCCGGGCCAGCCGUCCGCGCCGCGGGGGUCGUGCUGGGGCGCUGCAGGAAGGGCUCGAGGAGUCCAGUGUGAAAUCGCUGCAAAAGCAGGGAUGAUUAUACAAAGAGUAGUGCUGAAUUCACGCCCUGGUAAGAAUGGAGUGCCAGUGGCUGAAAACUUCAGACUGGAGCAAAGUACAAUACCAGACACAGUGCAAGAGGGACAAGUACAUGUUAGAACCCUGUAUCUCUCUGUGGAUCCAUACAUGCGCUGCCGAAUGAAUGAAGAUACGGGCUCAGACUACCUCCUGCCCUGGCAGCUGUCUGAAGUUGCUGAUGGUGGGGGUGUUGGGGUUGUGGAGGAGAGCAAGCAUAAUAACUUUGCUAAAGGAGACAUCGUCACUUCCUUCAAUUGGCCCUGGCAGACAGUGGCCAUUCUGGAUGGAAGCUUGCUACAAAAGGUUGUUCCACAACUUGUGAAUGGACGCAUUUCCUAUUUUCUUGGUGCAGCUGGAUUGACAGGACUGACAGCCUUGCUAGGUAUAAGAGAGAAAGGCCAUGUGACUGUGGGUGCCAAUCAGACCAUGGUGGUGAGUGGAGCAGCCGGUGCCUGCGGUUCUUUGGCUGGCCAGAUUGGCCAUCUGGAGGGAUGCUCUCGAGUUGUGGGUAUUGCUGGCACAGAUGAAAAAUGCUCCAUUUUGGUCUCAGAAAUGGGGUUUGAUGCUGCUAUCAAUUACAAGAAAGGGAAUGUGGCACAGCAGCUACGUGAACUCUGCCCAGGUGGGGUGGAUGUUUACUUUGACAAUGUUGGUGGAGACAUCAGUGAUACAGUUAUAAGCCAGAUGAAUCAGAACAGCCAUAUCAUCCUGUGUGGACAGAUUUCUCAGUAUAACAAAGAUGUGCCUUAUCCUCCUCCAUUGCCUCCAGACACAGAAAAAAUACAGAAAGAAAGAAACAUCACAAGAGAAAGAUUCUUGGUGCUGAACUAUAUGGACAAACAAGAAGCUAGCGUACUACAACUUUGUCAGUGGAUCCAAGAAGGUAAACUGAAGGUCAGAGAGACUGUGGUAGAAGGCUUAGCAAAUAUCGGUGCUGCUUUCCAGUCCAUGAUGAAUGGAGGCAAUAUUGGAAAACAGAUCGUCUUAGUUUCUAAGUAAAAGUCAUUGCUUGGGGAAAAGUAAUUUGACUCUAUCCAUAGUAAUAAGCAAUUAAGUUGUUCAGUAUAUACUAAAAAGCAGAUAUUUUAGGAUGCUAAGGCAGAACCCAUGCUAAUAAACUGAACAGAAUCAGAAACAGGAAUGCAAAAAGUUGUACUAAAACUACUAAUGUAUUUGACAUGAUUUGACAACUGCCAAUUAGGACACUUGCAAAUAAUUCAUGGGUAUGGUUUGGAAGUUAGACCACCUCAGGAAUUAUUUCCAAUAAGCAAUUUGCAUACAGCCACUUGGUUUUGGACGUUAGAAGAAUUUACUAGUGUACAUGUGUGUCGUUCCUAUGCUAGUUUGUCUCAGUGCCCAAGAACUUCUCUGGGAAUUUUUAAUUCACUAGUAUAAGCUUAGCUCGACAGUCCAAUCAAUCUGGCUAUCAUCUUAUAAUUAAGUGUUCUAAUUUUUUUCAGAUAAGAGCAAUCAAAAAUUCCAUUUCUACAAUUCAAGUUCUAUAAUAAAGAUAAUUCUAUUUUGCCUUCUGUAACAAGUUUCCACUGAUUGCAUUUCUCAUUUCUCUGUAUUAUAUCAUUAUAUACCAUAUUUUCAGAGUACUUUAAACCUAAUUCAUUUAGAAUUUCAUCUGCAUGGCACCUGAGACUUUCAUCAGAGAUAGGUCCAGCUACAAGGGCUAGCUUAUUUUGUUGUAACAAUGCUCUUUUACCAUCUUAGAAAAUAGAAGGAAGGUUGAAAAGCAAGCCACCAUUUCCAAGUUUGACUAAUAUAACCUUAAGCAAGAUGAGACUGAUGCAAUUUAAACAUGUCUUCAAAAUAAAGGAGCUGAAGAGAAUGGAUAAUUGCCCUAAAGUCAUUAGAAUUCCACCAUUACGUACAUUUAGAAACAUGACACAUUUAUUUAGUGAUUAGGAUAAUUUAUGGCACAUUCUAAUUUAAAAGCUAUUGGUUUUAAGUAUUUGCCUUUAAGAGGAGUGCUUCCAAGCACCAGGCUGAGAGUGGAUCCUCUAGAUCUUCUUGAAUCACUACGCAGGCUCAAACUGAAUGGAAUCCAAGAACUAGGAGAGAAACACUAUUCAAGAAAUUUGGUGUUUAAAUAUUUUUGCACACUUCAGAUGGAGAACAUAUCAGAACUACUUAAUAUAAUUGUGAGCAAUGUGAAAAACAGUCUCUUGAUUUCCUAGUGCUGAGGCUGACCCUGAAAGAAGAAAGCAUGCAGUGACUAAUGGUAUAGGCUUUGAAGAAAACAAAGACACCUGCAUUAUAGCAUUACAUAGUCUAAGACCUUCAAGCAUGCAUUUUUCAACAACACUACUAUUGUCUGGUUCACUUUCAUCUAGAUACUCAAAAUCUCAAUCAGCAUCACUAACUCAAGCACCUUGAAAAUAGGAAAAAAAAGCCCACUUCUUCACACAAAUUUCAACAUCCUAUUGCUUACAUUUCCCUAUAUUUGGCUUCCUCUAAUCUACCAAUUUUAUUUCAGUAUCAACAACAUGCUUUGAGAAAAAUGCCUUCUGAUCUUAAAGCUGAGGACCCUUUUGUUUUAAUCUAAAGCAUUCCAGUUACUUACACACGUAUAUUUCAGAAGAGACUUCAUCUAUGACCUGUGGUCAAUUUGUGUUGCAAGAAUGUAAGGAAGGUAGCAUUACAAUAGCUGCCACUGAAAACACGUUAAAAUGUUUUCAUACGUUAUGGGUGAAGGCAACUUAGAUACUUGUGUUUCCAGAGUUGCAUUUGCUUGUCCAAAAUACAAAUGCUGUACUUUUGAAUAUUGUUUGCUAAAGAGCUGCUCCAGAGUGAGCUCAUAUGAAUGAGCACCGUGAGCUGACACACCUUCCAGGAAGGACAGCCUCUAGGAUCUUAAUUUUCACAACUGAAAAUAUGAUUAAAUUUUAAAAUUCCCAGCACUAUCAUUUUUACAGCAAUUGCUUAGUAAUCCACAUGCACUGCAAGCCUAUUAAAGUCUGAUGAUGUGAGGGGUGACCUAGAGUGAGGUCAUGCUGAGAUAUUAAUUCCUUACUGUAAUAAAGGCAGCUCGAUUGCUGCAGCAUUCCUGUAGAUUAAGUAACUCACAGAGAGGAAUACUGGUUCUGUCAGCGUAAGUCAGAUGGCUACAGGAAAAAUGAGACACAGACAGUCAAAGCAGACUUCAUUAUGGUACUUCCAACAUUUAGGAAGCUUUUCUGUUAUUUGUGAACCCUAGCUUAAUGUUAUCUCUUUAGAAAAAAAUCAAAAUGAGAAAAUCUUUUAAACUAAGUGCCUGCAUUUGUAAAUAAAAAUAUUAAAUUUUUUUUGCAA